CUGUCCUUUUGAACAUAGUUUCACAUUCUUCCAUCCUGUAAAACGGAAGGUAAAAAUGGAAAUGAAGGUGUUUCUUAUCGUUUUUAUUAGUUUACUGAAGUUUUCUUCACAAAUGAGUGUUGAAUCAUUAAAUUCCAGCUCACUCGUGAAUGCAACAGAGACGUUGGGACUGACACCAUCUCAUUUAUAUAUGAACUUACUUUGCGGUUAUAAGAAACUGCUCCGCAGCCGUGAUGCGAUACUCAUGUCACCAUGGUCAAACAAGUAUCCGAGGUCCACACAGACGUGCGAAGUUGGAGUCCAAAAUACAAAAUAUUUGGAUUACAAGUUUGUAAUCACUUUCAAGAAAAUGAAAUUAUACAGAAAAACCUCUGGCAUUUGUCAGAAAUCAAGACUGGAUCUCUUCAAUGGACAAUCGACUUAUUCCAUUGACAAGAUUAGCGAUGUAAACGGCCUGUGCGGAACUCAUACAGACCACACUGCCUAUGAAACGCGGACAAGCUUCCUGACACUGAAGUAUACAACGCUCAAUCUGCCUUCGGGAUAUGCUCAGGACUUUGAAGCAGUCAUCACACCUUUUCACAGAGGUACCUGCAAACACGACGAGUUUAAAUGCCAGAAUGGAAAUUGUAUAAAGAACAAUAUGCUGUGCGAUUCCUACAACAAUUGUGGAGAUGACAGCGAUGAGGAGCAUUGUGCGGCAAUCCUGACCGUUGCCGUCAUUGUCGGUAUAGUUGUCGGCUGCGUAGUGUUUAUCGCUGUUGUUGGAAUCAUAAUUUGCUGCUGUUGCUGCGGUUGGUGUUGCGCAGCGUGCACAUAUGAAAGCUUUUAACUGCUCACACAAACCCAUUUCAGUGCGCAUGCGCGGCAGUGAUUUUUCAACAUUUGUAAGCAGAAAGAACUUCAAGAACAUGUUUAUUUUUGUUAAUAUUCAGUAUUCUUAAACUAAAUAUAACGUGUUCAAAAUGACAACUUCUGAAUUACAGGUAUACUCGCACAUAGGUUGCCUACUGAAUAUGAAUAAAAUGAAUGCCUUGAACAUAUGUUCUCCCAUGUCUUUAAGCUGAACUGUAGCUUAAUUAGGUAAUUUCCAGUAAUAAGCAUUGUUUCCUGUAAUAAACACAGAAUCCUACAAUAAACACUGCUUCCUGUAAAGAGAACUGAUUAAUGUAAUUAGCACUAAUUUCUGUAAUAAGCACUGUUUCAUAGCCCUGUUUCCGGCAAUAAAAACUGCUUCCCGUAAUAAACGCUGUUUUAUGUAAUAGACAUUACUUCCUGUGAUGAGCAUUGAUUCGUAAAAUUAGCACUGCUUCCUGCAAUGAUCACAUCACUGUUUCCUCUAAUAUGUAUACUGCUUUCUGUAAUGAGCACUGUUUCCUGUAAUAAGUACUGCUUCUUGUAAUGAGCACUGUUUCCUGUAAUAAAUAAGUACUGCUUUCUGUAAUGAGCACUGUUUCCUGUGAUAAAUACUGCUUCCUGUAAUGAGCACUGUUUCCUGUAAUAAAUAAGUAAUGCUUUCUGUAAUGAGCAGUUUCCUGUAAUAGAUACUGCUCCCUUUAAUGAGCACUGUUUCCUGUAAUAAAUACUGCUUCCUGCAAUGAGCACUGUUUCAUAUAAUAAGUACUGCUUACUGUAAUGAGCACUGCUUCGUAUAAUUAGCACCGUUACCAGAAAAUAUUAUGAAAAUAAGCUGAAAAUUUUAAAACAAAUCUCUAUAGCUAGUGAUCGGAAUUAAAAGUAUGUUUGUACUAUGAAUGAAUA